AGUUCAUCAACACCGCUAUCGUUUCUCUCUUUCCGUAAAAUCCUGAAAUCAUUACCUUCGCUUCUCCGCCACCACCGCCACUUUGUCACCAUCAUGGAGGCGUCUGCACCUGGCAAGGUUCUCAUCCUCGGUGGGUACCUUAUCGUUGAGUCGUCGAACCCGCCAAAUGUCGGCAUCUCUAUCGGUGUCAAUGCCCGCUUCACGACGCGCAUCGUUAAGACAGCGAAGGCAGCCACUGCCGGGCAGAUCGCCGUGCACGUGAACUCUCCCCAGUUUCACCAGGCGUACGUCUUUGUCGUGGACACCUCAACGGACGGCACGGUAAGUGCAAGACAGACGGAGGGCCCGGAGAGCUCUUUUAUCUUCUACGCCAUUCUCUACUCCGUCGCCGCUGCCCUCUCAACGGGCGACAGCGUGGACGGCGAGAUCUGGAUGGAGCUGCUGGCGGACAACGACUUCUACAGUCAGCGCAACCGCCUUGAAGCCGAGCAAAAGCCGGUGAACGUGGCGAACCUGCGUGCGUUGCCGCGGCAUGCGCCGCUGGUCGGCGCCGUCUCGAAGACGGGUCUGGGCUCCUCCGCCGCCAUGACGACGAGCAUCGUGGCCUGCCUCUGCGGCCACUUCCACGCGGCGGGCUGCGACGACGAGUUGGUGCACCGCGUGGCGCAAAUCGCCCACAGCGUGACCCAAGGCAAAAUCGGCAGCGGCUUUGACGUGUACACGGCCGUCUACGGCACCUGCGCCUACCGCCGCUUCCCCGCCUCUCGGGUGUCCAUGAUGAUGGAAAGCGCGGAGCGGCCGACCUCGGUCGAGGUGGCGGCGCUGCGGCGCUGCGUGGACAUGCUCGUCGCGUGGGUCCCGCACGAGCCGUUCCGCCUACCGCCCGGUGUGAAGCUGGUCCUGGGGGACGUCCACCAAGGCGGGUCGAGCACACCUGGCAUGGUGGCGAAGGUCAUGGCGUGGCGUAAGUCGGUCGCGGAUGCCCCCGACAACUUGUGGGAGCAACUGCAGCACAACAACGAGACUUACAUCGCGGCGCUGCGGCGCAUGAUCGCGGAGGCGGAGGCGGAGCCGGCGGAGUACGCGGCGGCAAUGCAGGAACUACAGACCAAAUCGCAGCUGCCCCAUCAGCAGUCCGACAACGCAGUGGUGCUGAGCAUCAUCCGUGCUUCGCAGUGCGCCGCGCGCAGCCGAACGCUGCUGCACGACAUGGGUGUUGCGGCGGAGGUGAAGAUUGAGCCAGAUGAGCUCAGCGGGUUGUUGAACGAUACGGCGGUCCUGCCUGGCGUGUUCGCAGUGGGGUGCCCCGGUGCUGGUGGCUACGAUGCCGUGUUUGCGCUGGUGCUGGGCGACGCCUGCGCGGCGGAGGUGGAGAAGUUCUGGGAGAACUACACAACAAUGAACGUCUGCCCGCUGACGGUGCGCGAAGACCCGGUCGGGCUGCUGAUGAAGCCGCACCAGCCGCUGUAG